AUGCCGCUCGGCCCGUUCCUGGCGAGAUCAAAGACGGAAAUGACCUACCUAGACCGUGUUUUCGAUUGUCACCACUCUACCAAGACUCUUCCGAGACCGAUGCUGCGACGACUUAGCAGCUCGGUCCAUACCGCUGUCGCGGCAGGACGACGACCGAUACGCGCCGAGGCGUUUCCGAACGAGCCUUCCCUGUCGUUUCUGAAAGCACGUCUUGUAGCGGCUCUCAAUCCUCCCAGCACGAGUACUCACGACCGACGACCUGAGGCCAGUGAAGUCCUUGCCGCUGCUGUUCCUCUCCUCGACCCCUCAAAACGCAAUGUGCUCGACCCGUACCUGCGCCUGAUCGCUGUAGAGCUGUCGCAACACUACAAGAUGACGCCGAUACCUCUGGAGGAGAUUCCAAACCUGUCUGCUGCACUAGCUGCAUGCUGUUUGUCUCCUCACGGUAUCAGCAAGCAGCGCGGGAUCUCGAAUGACAAGGUCGCCACUAUCAACGAGCGAUACACCGACUGGCUUCUUUUCGAGAGCCGUAGCGGAGACGUCGAGCGGAUCAAUGCUGUUCUAGACAGCUUCGAGUCACAAGUCACCCUUCUGGAGGUUCCUCGGCUUACUGUCCCUCUUGCGGCGGCGUGGGCAGCCCUGCGCUCUGCGGCGGGCAGGGCGGGCGAGCCGACCCUUUCGGUCCAGGCUCCGCACUCGUCCACUGUGAAGGGCUACCUCUCGAAGAAGGAGGUCCUGACCGAGGAGAAUGAGGCUAUGGUCAUGCAGAUGUUCCCAGAGCUGAACUCCUUGACGACCCUCCCUUCUUCGGUCGACACCCUGCAGACGGUUCUUCUCGGCUUCAGGGAGCGCGAUAAGAUUCAAUCGAUCGCGGACAUGUGGAAGAUGUGGUGUGACAACCCACCAAAGGACCUUUCUCGAGGGGAGGUCCUCGCGAAGUUCCUCCAUGCUGUUCGAUGGCGACCAACGGCCGUCACCUCCCCGGAAGACCGCGAGAUUCUCAAGCAGCUGGGCAAGGAGAUCAUGGCUCGGGUGCCCACUCCAACCCCACUCCCUGUGCUACAAGUUCUGCUCAGCACCGCAGGUGACUACGAACAUGACCGGCCGAAGGACAAGCGCAAUGUCUUGCCCGCAGCCAUGAAGACCUGGCGAGAAGCGAAGACAGAGAAGGUCCCGAUUGACCUCAAGACCUACAUGACGUACCUGGGCAUGCUUGGCAAGUACCACGCGGACGUGCCGCUGUUCAAGACGUGGGAGGAGCUUGUGGCCGACGAGCGCUGCAAGAAGCUGCACGAGAAGGAGCUCGCUGAAGGGAACAAGCCGGGGAAGGCUGUCGACACCGAGUCAUGGCCGCCUGUUGCCGCGCUGAACCAGGUCCUGUCGGCCGCUUAUAUGAUCGGAGGCGACGCCACAGCGCGAGCUGAUGCCUUGUUUGAGGCCGCUGUAGAGGGCAAUCUCACCACCAAACCCGACAUCAUCACGAUCAACACGGCGCUUCGUUUCGCUGCUCACGUCGCGGACGUGCAGAAGAUGAACGCCGUAAUCGCUUCGGCCGGCAAGCUGGGUCUCAAGCCGGACAUCGUCACCUACACAACGCUUGUGCAGGGUCUUCUGCGGGCGAAUGAGCACGACCUUGCGUCCAAGACGCUGGACGCGAUGAAGGCAAGCGGCAUUGAGCCGAACGAGCGCAUGGCUGCGACUCUGAUCUCCGACCUCGCGGCGGACGGAACGCGUGACGGAUUGCGCGCUGCCGAGGACACGCUGCGGGACAUGCGCCGACGAGGUGUCAAGAUGACGGUGUUCAUCUGGACGGCGCUCAUUACGGGUUACUUCCGAGGCAACUGGGUCCUCGACGGCUUCAGCGCGAUGGAGCGCAUGAAUAAGCAGGGCAUCCGCUUCAACAUCAUCGGGUACAACGCACUGCUGCGCGUCGUCUCGGACGGCGAGCGCAGUGCUCGCAAUGACUACCGCCGCUCGACUUCACAGGACCUCGAGAACGCCCAGGUCCCCCUUGCCCUCAAGCUGUUCCGCCAGAUGCUCAGCGAGGGUAUCGUGCCCAACGCCGACACGUACGCGAUCGUCCUCGGCGGCUUCCUCCGCACCCGCCGAGAUGCCGAGGCUCUCGAGAUCCUCCAGGACAUGGACUCGCGGGGGUUCAAGACGAACAAGCGCGCGCUGCAGCAGCUCGUCAGGCAGGCUCGCGCCAUCAAGCGCCGAGCAAGGCACACCGUAGACUAG